AUGGCAACCUCGAUGCUUUCCUCGGGCGGCAUUGCCCUUGUCGGGGCUCCGGAUAGCGACGCCGGACUUAAGGACGGCAAACAACCGCCUGUGCAGGCCAUGCAGGUGGACAUUACCCAAGACAUUGUCGACGAGCUCCUAGAAAGCGUCAGGAGCGGGAAAUCGCCGCAGAUUAUCUUUGGACGGACUCCUCAACUAAAGUACGGCGACAAGACGCACAUGCUGCAGAGCAGCACCGAACUCCACCGAUACGAACUGUACAAGUCCAGCGGGACUGGUAGCGACGACAGCCUCGAGUUUGCUGGUUUGAUCAACCAUAGCCUCCUGGUACACAAGGCCGAAGAUGUGACGGCAGGCGUAGACUCGGCGCUGGAGCAGCUCAGGAGUAACAUGGCAGCGAUAUCAGAGUUCAAGGAAGCCAACAAGACUAUUGUUGGCGACGCUGCUCCCGGCCGCACACCAGCCCAUCGUCGCUUCCCUUCGACGGGCUUCAAGGCACACCUCGGUCCUUCCAUGAUGGGCUCGCCCCUGCUCAGCGCUCCUUCCUCGCCCAUGCACAAGCGCCCACCCACGUCGCAGCCGAGCACCAGCCACGACACCAUUGUCAGCGCCCUGAGGGUCCCCAUCAUCCCCCUCCUGGCUCGCGAGCCAGCCACCGAAGCUUCUCUCGCCGCCACCUGCCGUACCUCCUUGGCCAUCAUACGGGAUGUCUUGCCCAAAAUAGCCAAACGCUCCACGGCCGAUGCCGACAAGUGGCAGCUGACAGACAAGUCUUUCCGCGAGGUGAACCCCUUCAAGUUCCCCUACCAGAGCCCCGAGGACCGCCAGCAAGCCAUUGAUGGCGCAAUCAAAUCCUUUGACCGCCAACGCCUGGCCAAGGACGACAAACUCUGGCAGAUUCUGCUACCUCGAGACCAGCGAGGCCAGGGCAUAUGCCUGUCGCGUUCAACAGUCAAGGCCCCAGAAGCCAAGCCCAAGGCCAAAGCAAGCACUCCCAUGCACAAGAUCUCGGACCUUACCAAGAAGAAGCCCGUUGCAAAGAAGGCUGCUGAUAAACCUGCGGUCGAGAAGAAGCCCAAGGUCGCAAAGGAGCCAGAGAUCAAGCCCAAGUCGUCCAUCAAGGAGAAGUACUUGGCUCGGGAGAAAGAGAAGGAGAAAGAGAAACAAAAGGCCGUGGUGAAUGUGAAAGAAGUGAAGGAGGCGCCCACGGCUACCGCUCCAACCGCUUCUGCACCUUCAAGCUCAACACCUCGCCCUGUCGCACCUUCCAAGCCCAGUAUGCCUGGUACUGACGCUCCAGAAAUCCGCACCAAGAAAGUACCUGCUCCUGAAGGCAACUCCAACCCGCGUGCGAAGCCCAAGAUGUCUGGCCGCGAGUCACAGAGGGACCGUCCUACCAACAGGCCCUUCAAGCCUACCAUGCCAAUCAACACCAAACCGAAGAAUCCUUCACCGCUUUCCGCCUCACCGCCUGUAAAUGCCAGCGACUUUGAGGACUCACACCCAGUUCACAAAGCUCUUGCUGCCGCUCCGUCGCCCGCCAAAACCGCUGCUGGCAACUCGGAUAGCUCGCUCAAGCGCAAGGCCAACAACAUCGACAGUGAUAUCCACAAUCACCUCGCCGUAAAGAAGCAGCAUGUCGACCGUUCGACUGCAACCCACACACCCUCGCAUGCCAACAGCAAAGCCACUGGCUCUACGCCUUCUAGUACCAGCUCCGUGAAGCGCAAGUCGGACGAUUCAUCCUCGUCCAACACCCCCUCUACCGCGUCCAAGGUCCGCAAGGUUGCCAACAUCGACACCGGCCUUGCUUCGCGCUACCACCACAAUAACCCUCGCGCAUCUCCAGGCGCUUCAUCAACCUCGACUACCUCACCCUCGAUGCCCAGCUUGAGUUUCCGCCAAACUGUCGAGCUUUCGCAGAAGUUCCAGAAGUACUACAAGAGAUACGAAGAGCUGUACUGGAAGCUGACUGAAGCGGAGAAGCCGCCAACUGAAGCACAGAGGAACGACCUCCUAAAGAUGCAUAAGAAGCUUGAAGAGAUGAAGAAAGAAAUCAAGGCUGGUGCCGGCGUGCACCGAUGA